GGGGGGAGGGGGGGGGGGGAGCUAUUUUUCGACCCCAGGAAACAAUUUCGGUGUAAGCACGCACGUGCUGUGACUGGCGUGCAUGACUAGGCGUUGAUAAUCCAAGACUUGGAUUGCCUUUUCCCCGAACCCGUUCUCAGUACCGUCACGCUUUUCACGGAGCGAUGUUGACGGCAACGGCCGUGAUGGGUGGGUGUCCUACCGACAUCCGGAUGAGGGAGCGAUGGAUCUGGCCAAGUUGGGCGUUUGUUCUUGGGAUGAGGGUGGUGGUUGUGGGGGGAGGUAGAAUGGUGUCUUCAUUCAUGUCUCCGUUGAGGUUAUGCUUCUUCCUGCGGCAUAUAGACUUGUAAAAGUAAAGGUUUGGAGCUUUCUUGUUGUUGGCAGGGGAUGCAUGGCUGGAGGAAGGUGUUCUCGGUUGUUUGUGAUGCCUGUCUCGUGUGUCUUCGUCCCUCACGCCUGACUGGGCGUUAAUAAUUCUUAGCCAACAUUGGACCCC